ACGUCACGGCGUUCUAAAAAAGAACACACAAAACAAUCGGCAUUGAGAAAAAUAGAUACAUUUCCCACCCCCCUGUUUUGUUUUGAUCCUAUUUAAAGGAAACCCGGUAGGCACACAGACGGGAACGGCGCUUCGGAUCGAAGUCUGCCCAGGCUGAAGACAUGGUGUCCCCGGUCACUGUGGUGAAGAGUGAAGGCCCAAAGCUGGUGCCUUUUUUUAAAGCCACUUGUGUCUAUUUUGUCCUCUGGCAUCCAACUUCCAGCCCUUCCUGGUUCAGUGCCCUCAUCAAGUGUCUGCCCAUCUUCUGCUUAUGGGUUUUUCUGCUGGCACAUGGGAUCAAUUUCCUAAUUGCACAUCGAAGUGCCAACAGGAUCUUGGCUGGAUUAAUAUUUUCGUCAGUAGGGGAUGCCUUCCUCAUCUGGCAGGAGCAAGGUUACUUCAUUCAUGGUUUGCUGAUGUUUGCCAUUACACACAUCCUGUACUCCUCAGCCUUCGGGAUGAAGCCUUUGGACCUGAAAGCUGGCAUUGUGAUGGUCCUCAUCUCCUGUUCCUGUUAUACCUUCCUUUAUUCCUACCUCUCAGGCCCCUUCACCUACCUGGUGGCUGUCUACGUUGCACUGAUUGGCUUCAUGGGCUGGCGGGCCAUUGCUGGGGUGCAACUGUGCAAUGACCUUUGGACUUGGACCAAGCUUUCAGCCUGCAUCGGUGCAAUGCUUUUCAUGGUGUCAGAUCUGACCAUUGCAGUUAACAAGUUCUGUUUUCCUGUGCCCUACUCACAUGUCAUCAUCAUGGCCACUUACUACGCAGCCCAGAUGCUCAUUGCACUUUCAGCUGUGGAGAGCAGGGAUGAAGAGGACUUCAAAAAGAGGAACUAGAUGGAAUGCUGGCAGGUUCAUGAACUCCUUGGGUAUCACUGGGGUGCUGAAGCUGCGUUCAUCUCUGAGAGAGAACAACUCCUUUUCUCUAGGUGCAUUGGUGAUAUAGUUUUGCUUCUUUGAAGCGCUAUCUUUGGGGCUUCUUUCUAGCUGGCUCUCCCUAAAUGCAGCUUACUUCACUGUGGAGUCCACAUCAGAAAUGCUUAGACUGUUCCUGCAGUAGCUACUCAUAGAUCUUUUCAUCCUUGGAAGCUUCAGGAAUCCUCUCUAAUGCGACGUUGUAUUUGUUAAGCAUGAAGCUGGUGCUGAAUGCUGUGGAAGGAGAGGGCUAAUUUAAAGAGACCAUAAAAAGAGGCUGCAUGGUGCACUGGGUUGAGACUUACUUUAAACUCUGGACAUACAGCUCCAAAUCCCAUCUGAAGUGAUAAGUGAAAAGGAGUUUAAUCUAGUUUCUAAGCUAGUGCCCAUUUACGUGCAUUACAAAACCACUACAUUGUGUGAGGCAGUUGAUAGUCUCUGCUCAAAGGAUGACCAUGAUUAAAUAGGCAAGAGGGUCUUGCAGGUCAGGACUGAGAUGCAUUAGCAAAACAUGUGGCAGGAAAUUCUCACUCUACUUGGUUUGAACCAAGGUUCUUUCAUUGUUCCAGAUUCAUUCAAGCUUUUCCUAAAAGGCCAUUUCAGGCUUUUUCUGGCUAAUUUGAAUGCUACCAAGCAUUUAAAACAUGGCAGACUUAACAGUGACAACAGCAGAAUGCAAUGACAUUCAGAGACUGUGAAAACAGGAAAUGAGAAGGUUUCUUUAAGUGGAUAGAUUACAAUUCAGGGAUAAGUGCCUAAAGGUAGGUGGCAGUUUUAGCAGUCAGUUUUCAGCAUGUGUCAUCUUGGUUUAAGAUAAUCCUGUAGAGCAGUUCCAAAGUGUGAUGGAGCAAUGGCUUUACCUUUCAAUAUCAGACUUCCACCUGUGUCACCAGCGGCCUUGUUGGCUCAGUUUGUCACCCAGGAAAUCCCAUGAACACCCACUCUGCCUUCAGCUAUAGGUGUUUUGGAGCCCCAAAUCAGUGACAAUGUUUGGGCCAACCACAGAAGAAUUCAAAAUCAAGGUAAAGUAUUAAAACAGGAAGCAUUUCACACAAUCCAAUCUGGAACAUAGCACUUUGAUCACUGUGACAGUUAUUCCAGACAGAGGUCUCUGGAUCCCUCAUUAGAGUGAACAAGCAACUGUUGUACCUAUGAGCUUGGCAGAAUUUCAGCAGCAUCUGUUUAUUUAAAUAAGGUCAGUGGGCUUUUCUCUAUUGCCACAUGUGUACACUCAUAUGUACAUGGACAGUUGUACAGUGUUAGCAACCAUCAUAUGCAAACAGAGAUAUUAACAGGACCAAGGGUGCAUUGUACUAAACAUAAUACAGUAGGGCUUUGGGGGGGCAGGGGGGAGUCAGUCUCAGUAAUGAAUCAGAAUUGUGUUUUUCCCCUGGGUUCAAUUUUUGUUGAAACUGGAAUCUGACAAGCCAACCAUUAAGCUAAUAAUUGAUAAUACUUGGCAUUACUUAUGCAUAGUCUUUGCUUUCUGAGGUAUAACUAGGAAGCUUGGCAGCCUGAGCAGCACCUGUUGGCAAGCUGGCAGCAGUGGCGGCUACUGUUCUUAUGCCUCUUAUAAGUCAAUGCCUGGGGCUUGUGUCCUGCUCUCUUGUUCAUCCACCCCCUAGUUAUGCUACUGUAUGUUAUGCUGCUGCUUGGAAUACUAUCCAUCUUAUCUGUCUGCUGUGUAGUUCCUUUCUUAUGAAACUGGCUCUUAUAGACCAAAUGUCUUUUUUCUUUUUUGCUUUCUUUUUUCCCCCUAGCCAAUGGCAAAGAACCAACUUGAUGUCCACUUGCCUUUGUAAAACCCCCACUUUAGAUACAGCUUCCUGAAAAGAACUGUUCUAUGUAUUCAAACCGGCAUAUCCCUUAUAACGUCAUCACAUUUUCCUUGAUGCCGUGGAUUUCAUUACAGAAUCAUAGACAUUAGAGAUAGAGAUGGGAAAACCCAUUCCAUUCCAUUCCAUUCCAUUCCUGGCUCUUUGGUCAUUUGUCAGAGUAGGAUUUUUCUCUUUAAAGCUUAAAAAAUGCUUCAAAGUGUUUCAUGCGGAUCACCACUUAUAAGGAAUCCAACUGGAUUUCCAAAUGGAUAUGAAGGGGAAACAAGUAAAUCAUAUAUUUUUGUUCCCUUUGUUGAAUCCCAGUAGGGUCCCUUUAACAUUUAUCUUGUGAUUAAGCACUGUGAGACCCUUGCUUCCAUUGCUUAGGGAAGUUACUUAUGAGUAGGCUCAUUGCUUCCAGUGAGGCUACUUGGGUGAAUAACUACUCCUGAAUGCGAGUGAGGUGUUCACGGUCAGGCCCUGUAUUGGGCACACUUCAUAUCUGUGCCUGGCAUUUCUGAUCCUGAUCCUGUGUGUUCCUUCUGCCAAUGGCAAUGCUCUCACCGAGUCUCUGCUGCAGCCCUGCUUCCUGUAGUCCCUGGGGACUUACCAGUGUUCAGCUUAGUCCAGAUACAGCUGGAGCUUUUGCUCUUUGUAGCUUCACUGUUUUCUCUCAGGAAGGUCACUCCCAUUUUUCCCUGUUAUUAAAUAUUGAAGGGAAAUGGAAAGGUUUUCCUGGAGGAACUUUAGCACUUAGAAGAGACACUAGCAGAUCUAACAUAGUCCCAAAUAUCAAGUUGGAAGUAUCCACAAUUGGUGUAAAUUGGUUACUUUGAAAUGCUUUUCAAUGGUUAUGCUGAUUUACAUCAUCUGUAUUAUGCUAGUUAGGGUUUGCUCAACCCCCAGCUUGAGGGCCAGAUGCAGCCUGCAGAGCCAUGGCAUCUGGCCUGUGGAGCUCUCCACAUGUUGGGAAAUUUGGUGGCUGAGGAUCGGUACCGAUUAACACUGCUGCUCCUCCCCUGCUGCCAGAUUUUCACACCCCACAUAACUGGAUCAGCCCCAGGCCAGGCUGUUGCCAUGUGGCUGGAUAGGGCUCUGGCAGCACCUGCCCCGAGUGCCAGCCUGGGCCCCCACUGUGCCAGGGUGGGUCCACUGGCUAGAUCCAGCCCGCAGAUGGACUUGGCACCUAACACCGUGCAUGCUUCAGCUAACAUAACUAACGUUACAAAAGCGUGCUGACUACGCUGACCCUCUGGAGUCAUCUCCUCCUGUUGGAGAACGCAAGAGGAAGUAGUGUAACUCAAACAGGCUCGUAUAAUCUCCGCCUGCUAAUGCUGUUGCAUAAUAUUGGCACCAGAGGAAUUCUGUGCCUGCCUGAAAUCAACUGCUAUAAGAGGUUUAUACCAUGCAGCAUCUUCAUUCAUCAGUUUUGCUUACCUCGUGGCCCCAGCUUACCUCGUGGCCCCAGCUUGAACCCUGCCUUGCUGCUCUUUGCAGAUGUCACCUGCUGUUAUACGGCCAGACUGAUUGCAAACCUUUUCCUGUCAUAAAACAAGCCAGCUAGAGAAAAUAUGUGUGGUCAGUGAAUGGUGAGUUGAAGUAUUUAACUAUUCCUUAUUGCUUUGGCAUAUCUAUUCCUCACUGUCUUUUCCAAGGCUCCCUGCCCUCCUUUUGCAAAAAACAAGGAUCCCAUUAGUACCUUUAUUUAAAUGUUGUAAGCUCCCACACUUACAGUAUUGUCUUCUUCAGCUGUAGAGAUCAGUAUUCUUCAGUGUCCAGAAGAUCCCAUUAGUUUUCUCCAAAAUUUUCAUUUGACCUGAUUUCACUGAUUUUGUGGGCAAUAUCAGGCCUUGAGCCUGAUGAUAGGAACUAAUUAGUGGCAAUAGGAAUAACUAAUGUUAAUAUAUUGCCAGUUCAGUAUACGGCAACUAAUGCAAAUAGAGUAUGAUUCCUGUAAAAUGUGCUGUCACUUCCAGGGGCUCUGUGAAGACAGUGAGAGUUGGGCUGUGUCCCAGGCCCUUGCUCUUAAUCUCCCAGAUCAGUUUCCCUUCCCCCAUCCAGCUCUGUGUGUGGUUUAAUCUGUACUACUUGAACAAAACCAUUUUCCCAGAGAGUGUCUUGCUGGGAAAAUGCCAGCUGCUAUGGACACAGAAACAGGGAGCAGUUCGUGACAAGGGUCUGUGUUUGACCCUCUCUCCUGGGAUGAUAACAGUUGUUGUGACACUAGUGAAAGCCAAAUAAGAAUGGAGAGCACAUAAAUGACUGGUUCUUUUCCAAUCCUUUCCUGCCUCUCCUACAGUUUUUCUUUGCCUUUUAAAUUUGAGGGUUUUGUUCCAUUUUUCUGACUUUACUUCCCCUUUAGAAGCAAAAUCUUUGAGGAGUGCUCUUUGGCACAACAACCUUACAGGAAGGGAGGACAAGCAAUGUACAUACAGUACAUUGUAUUCUUGGGCCUUGGUCUUAGUUUCCUAAGAUAAGAGGCAUUCAGUAGUUACGCUCAGUACACUGUCCUCAGAGUCCCCCAAAAAUUCCUGUGUGAGGUUGUGUAAUAUAGUAUAGGCCACCUGUUUCAGUAGUGUGUUAAUCCUUAAGUGCCAGCAGAUCCACUAUUCAGAGGGACACUAAGAUUGUCUUGAGUCUAUCUGAUAUAUCUGUUACUGUAUGCAAGAUCCAGUACUAAACUCCUUUAUUUACACAAACCUCUUUUGAGGACCGUGAACUUGACUCUGACCGUACUCUGUUUUUAAACUCUUGUUGCUGGAUUCUUGUUACUGGGUUUACACGGGGGAGGAGAAGAAGGCCCAUAGACUUCAACAGAUCCACUGCUUACAGAUCAAAAUUGAAUUAUAUGGGAAUUUUGCCCAGGCUGAAGAUCUUAAUAUGUGACUUGAUGUCUUUCGUUCCCUGGUCCUUACUUCAUGAUAUUGAGGCAGUGAUGAACAUUGAUUGGGCUAAGACUUAUUUAAAAGCAGUAUUGAAAUAGGAUGGCUGAAGAAAUCACAUAAUUAUCUGAUGGUGAUACCAUUAAAAACUUUUAGAAUUCCUCUCUGAAAAUAAUAGUUUCUUUCCAUUUUUUAUUUCCUGUAUAUUUUCAUAUUCAUGUUUCCAUACCCUCUUGUGUUGGUACCAUGGUUAUUUCUAAGGUAGCUCUUUAGUGACCUUGAGGAGAAAAAGGUCAAAGCAAGGAGCAGAUGUAAAACUCAUUGUUGUGUGUUGCUUUCUGUAUUGUGGACAUAUGGAAGGGGGGAAUUGCUUGGUUUGGACAUGGAGAGCACAGCACAGCACAUGAGACAGCACAGUUAGUGGUUUGAGCGCAGGACGGAAUCAACAACUCCUGAGUGCUUAUCCUGGCUUUGAGACUCACUCCUUUUGUGACCUUGGGUAAGUCACAUAACCUCUCUGAGCCAGUUUCUUAGUGAGUGUAAAUGGGUGGGAUUCCAUUAAAGUCAGUGGAGAUACACUACUUUACUUCUGCUGCAAGAGUGGCUCUCUGUGUCUGUCUUUAACCCCAGCUGUAAAAUGGGGAUAAUACUACUUACCUACCUCACAGGGGUGGUGUGAGGAUUAAUUAAUAUUUAUGCACUGCUUUGAAGACAAGAUGUGCUGUAAAAGUGCUUAGUUUUUAUAUAAAUGCUUCUAGGAGACUGUAGAAAUUCUCCACAAAUGUGAUGUAGCUGCCUUCUUACGUUCUGCAUUGGAUAGAAAAAAUAAAUGCAAACUAUUUAUCUCUGAUAUCUAUUAGGGCAGGGCCCAAACCAAAGCUCUGGACCCAGUCACACCUGAACUUUGAGGAAAGAGGGUCUUUAAAAGUCUGAAAUCCCAUCUCAAAUUUUGCAGCUGGCCUUAGCUAAUUAAAGGCCUAAACCGAAACCUCAGAUGUGACCGCAUCUGCAGCUCGGGCCCAUUUUCACUGAUUCAGCCAAAACAAAGUGUGUUUAUUCUCACAUGAGUGUUUUUGAAAACACUGGAGUUGAAAAUGCAGUGGUUCUGUUCAACUUUCCCCUUGCAUAAGUCAACUGGGAUUUACUUAUAAAAGGGAAGUUUGAUUUCUGUGAUUGUCAACUUUAUUGGCUUUAAAACAAAUGGAGAGGAAAAUCUGUAAGGCCCUUAGGAAAUCAGUAAGGCCAUGAUGUCCUUUUUGGAAUGAUUUCUUUUCUGUCUACAUGAAGGAUGUAAAAGAUUCUCCAGGUGAAGAUGUGCUUGUGUAUACAGCCACCAGGCCCCAGAGCAAACUUACAAACAGAAUUAUAACUCCAGAUCCUCAGCCAGUAUAAAUUGCUAUAGCUCACUGAUUGCAGAUCUGGCCUCCAGACUAUACAAGAUUUGUUCCUGAUUGCUAGGAACAAAUGUUUCAGGUGAUGUACAAACACAGCAGAAGUCUGAAAAGCUGCACUCGAAAAAUGGAUGUGUACAUGUAAAAUGGACCAUAAUUCUGAAGCAGCUGAAGUAAAACUUAUGUUACUAUGAACUCAAAAGCAAGUACAAUGCAAAUGUUUAUUGUUUCUUUCAGUGUCUCAUAGGUUUCGUUUUCUUUCUGUUGAUGUUUGUAUUUUUCUUGUAAUGUAAGAAAAAUAAAAUGGAUUUCUAUAAAACUAGACAGACUAAAAAUGCACAAGGUGGCUAAGUUGGCUGGAAUGCCAACACUUCAGGUGAUCUCUAAUGUUUCUGUGAUGACACCCUAUUGAUAUUGAAAGAAAAAUGAACUACAAGUAGGUGAAGUACCAGUUGGGUGUGUUGUGGCUAAUAAUCGUUUGCUACUUUUGAAUCUUCACAGCUAGCUCUGUGAAAGAUGGGUUUAGAGUCUGACCCUACUCCAGUGACAUGAGGUGGAGUGAGAUCAUGUCCUUGCUAUAUAUUCCUGUUGGCAGUAAAAUAGAAAAAAAAAAACCAUCAGGAAUUUUAGCAUUAGUUAGAAAACUAAAUACCUGGGUACUUAAUUAAAACAAAACAAAGCAAUCAAACAAACAAAAAAGAACCAAACACACACAUGUGAUAAGUUUAUCAGAUCAGGAUAGCUGACAAAUCCCAUGCCUAUUCCUGUAGUCCUUACUUGGACGAGGUUCUGUACCCUCUCUUGCAGGAGAUGGGUACAGAACAAGUUUUUUCCCCGUAGGGGCUGUUCAGUAUGGCAGUAUUUAAAGUGAGGGAGGUUUACAGCUUCUGGCCCUCCACAAAGAAAACUCCAUGGGAUAAGUGAUAGUAAGCAAUGCAGGAUUGGGCCAGGAGUUUUGACAUCUUAAUAUGGAUGAUUCCUAUUUGAACUGUGUCUCCUCCAUUCCCAGGACUCACAGGCAGUGCCUAGUGAAAGAUAUAAUAUACAAACUAAACAACUGCCUUCCUCCAUGGUGUCAGCACUUAGCCAUGUUUUCCAGUUACUGGUAGUUGUCUAUCUUGCCAUGAUUGUAAAAGGUCACCAUGCUGUUGUACGGCCACUUGAUCGAGGAUCUUUCACUACUGUAUUUUUAUGUUGAUUUUACUAUCGUUCUUUAUUUGGAAUGUAUUUCCCCUCCCUCAUUUAUUAUCUGUGUAAAAUAAUUAAAAUGAUAAUUUGCUGAAUAUU